UAUCUUUUUAUUUUUUAAUUUCCGUCUCGGCUACGAGUUUUGAGGUGUGAUGAUAAUAAUAAAGCUUUUGUGCUUUAAUGGAAGGAACUUAACACCUCUCUCUUUUACAGCUCCUUGAUUAUUCUCCUUCUCUGUUAAUAUCUGAAUCUAAUCGAUCUUCUUCUUCGUGAGCUCUAUUUUCCGGCAGCGAUUCGUUUUGCCUUUCAGUUGAAGAAACCGUAAGUUUUCGAUAUGUCACCGGAAGAGGAGCUGCAGAGCAAUGUCUCUGUGGCAAGUUCUACCAGGAACAUUGUAGGAGUACUCAAGGAGCAUAACUACUUGGGUCUCUCUGAUUGUUCCUCUGUUGGGAGCUCAAAUCUCUCCGGCCUUGCAGAUGAUGACAAAGCCACUAUCAGCCUCAAGGCCACUGAGCUCACACUUGGCCUUCCUGGAUCACAGUCUCCUGCUAGAGACACUGAGCUCAACUCACUUGGUCCAGCUAAGCUCGAUGAGAAACUUUUCUUUCCUUUGCUUCCUUCCAAAGAUGAGAUUUGUUCCUCCUCUCAGAAGAACAUUGCCUCAGGGAAUAAAAGAGGCUUCGCUGACACUAUGGAUAAAGUUCCUGUUUAUACUGAGAAAAACUGGAUGUUUCCUGAGGCGGUGGUAGCCACCCAAUCUGUUAUAAAGAAGGAAGUGACACAGAACAUACCUAAAGGAAAGCUGAGCACUACAAACAACAGCUCUAGCCCACCUGCAGCCAAGGCACAGAUUGUUGGUUGGCCUCCAGUGAGAUCAUACAGGAAGAACACAUUGGCCACCACUUGUAAGAACAGUGAUGAAGUUGAUGGGAAGCCAGGUUCUGGGCCUCUCUUUGUGAAGGUCAGCAUGGAUGGUGCUCCAUAUCUGAGGAAAGUUGACCUGAGGAGCUACACUAACUACGGGGAGCUUUCUGCAGCCUUGGAGAAAAUGUUCACCACUUUCACUCUUGGUCAAUGUGGAACUAGCGGAGCUACAGGGAAAGAUGUGCGUAAUGAGACCAAACUCAAGGAUCUUCUGAAUGGAAAAGACUAUGUGCUCACUUACGAGGACAAGGAUGGGGACUGGAUGCUUGUUGGCGACUUUUCAUGGGAGAUAUUUAUUGGUGUCUGCAAGAAGCUCAAGAUAAUGAAAGGCUGUGAUGCCAUUGGGUUAGCUGCAGCUCCAGCACCUAGAACAAUGGAGAAAUCGAAGAUGAGAGCUUAAAGACUUGUUGGAAAAUGAUUCAGAAGCUUUCUAAUUAUACUAAAAUAUGUGCGGUUCCCUUUUGGUGGUGUUUUAAAUCAAAGCUUUCUACAUCUUCAGCUUCUGAGAUAAUUAUUAUUAAGGAAAAAAAAAAGACUUACGUUUGUAAGGAAAUGAAGAAGAAUUCAAAUGAUCUAUUAUUUUGUUGUUCUUGCCUGCUUGUUUAGUCGAACCAAAUAACUCUGGAGUCUUGUCUAUGUAUGGGUUUUGAUUUCGAUGUGUGGUUUGACUUUUUUUAUUUUGGGAUAUUUUGAUGCAAUGUUUUUUUAUCU